AUGGCCUUGGCUGACAUUCAGAUGAAAUCGGAGGAUUUUUUGGAAAAAGAACGUCUAAAUGCUGGCGGUUUUGGAACUGUCUCAUUAUGCUACCACAAAAUUCACGGGCUUGUAAUAUUGAAAACGGUGUAUACUGGACCUCAACGCACAGAAUGUAACAAGUCCCUUCUAGAAGAAGGCGAGAUGAUGCACAGACUAAAUCAUGAUCGGGUGGUAAAACUACUAGGUGUGAUCCUGGAGGAUGGAAACCACUCCCUUGUGAUUGAAUACAUACGCAAAGGAGACAUGAUGUCUGUUCUAAAAGCGGCUCCUAUUCCUUUGCCAGUGAAAGGACGCUUUAUUCUGGAGAUCAUUGAAGGAAUGCUUUACUUAACAGAACAAGGUUUAGUGCACAAGGAUCUGAAGCCAGAAAAUAUUCUUGUGGAUGAAGAAUUUCAUAUCAAGAUAGCAGACCUAGGUGUGGCUUGUUUCAAAAACUGGAGCAGGUUGACUAAAGAAGAGACCAGCCGGCAGAGGAAAAUCAAACAGAAUUCCGAGUAUAAUGCGGGCACCCUUUCCUACAUGGCCCCGGAACAUCUGCAGGACAUCAAUGCAACACCUGUGGAAAAAUCAGACGUUUACAGUUUUGGCAUUGUCCUAUGGGCCAUUUUUGCCUCCAAAGAACCUUACGAGAAUGCGGUCAGUGAUACGCAGCUGUGCUAUUGCAUCACAACAGGGAACCGGCCACCUAUCCAAGAGGUGGAAGGCGUUUGUCCAAAGGAGAUUAUUAGUUUAAUGAAAUGCUGUUGGAAGCAACAGCCAAAUGGCCCUACCUUUGCAGAAAUAAAUUUGAUUUACAGCCCAUUUUACUACAAAUUCUUUGAAAAGGAUGUGGAAGAGCAUUUGAGAAAAUUAAAAGAAAUAUACCCUGAACCAAUUGAACUUGUAAAACGGAUGGAAUCUCUCCACGUAGAUGCUGUGUCAGAACCUCCCAGCACGCUCGAUCUAACAUUUCUAAUCUGUGCCACAGAUCAACCUGGUUCUUUGCACAGUUCUCAAGGUUUCACCGCUAACACCAUAGAUGAAAGCAUGUUUGCGCCAUAUCCAGAAAAUGAACCUGUAGAAAGCUGCGAAAAUGCCUACGAGCCCUCAGCGACCUUGGAACGAAAAUUAGAGGAUGAACUAAAUUACCAUCUCUAUGGCAGCAGGAUGGAUAAGCCGGAAGAAGGUCCUUAUGCUGCGCGUAGUGCUCAAAUGCAAGAGGAGGAGAGGAGAAGGAGAAAGGUCUCAUAUGACCCCUUUGCCAAAGCGCCAGUCAUACCUCGGUCACCAGAGUUUUACCCGCGAGCUCAAAACAUCCAAGCAAGUGUGAGUAACAACAAUAGCAGUACACCUCAUUCAAGUCGUCCGUGGCACUCAACACCCCUGGGAGCGAUAGAUCCAAAUGGCUUUUCGGCGGCAGGAACUCCAUAUCACAGGAGGCUAACAAGUGCAGAAGAUCUCUACGGAGCAACCCCAGCGGCAAACGUGAAUUUCAAUAAAGCACCGAUUCCAGAAUCUGGCAUAAACAAUCAGGCCAAGCCAUUCAGUCCGUAUCUUUAUCCCCAAAGCUUAAGGACAGAAACUGGUCCUGUGGAGACGUUUCCCAUUCCAAAAUACAACUUUGCACAUCCUUUUGGGAGCAGAAUACCUACAGAACAACCUGCACACUAUAAUAUAUAAUGCACUGGAAUUCAAAUAGGCUCCUACAACGUUUUAGAAAUUAACAAAAUCAAGAUAUUCGAGGAAAACAGCGCUCCAGCAACCGCUGAUUACUAUACAGAAGAAUACCAGAAAUUCACAGACAGCACGGCUAUAGUUUCGGAUGUUCACCUAAACCUCGUGAGAGACAACUUAUCCAAAAAGUGGAAACACUGCGCUCCGUAAGCUAGGCUUCAGUGACCCGAGCUGGAUGAAAUUGACCACGACUACGAACGGGAUGGACUCAAAGAAAAGGUUUACCAGAUGUUCCAGAGGUGGCUGAUGAAGGAAGGCAGCAAAGGCACGGUGGGGAAGUUGGCCAGAGCCCUCUUUGCUUGCGACCGGAGAGAUCUCCUCAAUAAGUUUGUCAAAAUAAGCCAGAAUGUUGAUAGAAACAACAGCUAAAGACGUCGAAGAAAGAGCUGGAGGACUUUGGCUGGGUUGAAUAUUUUUUCCCCAGAGGACAUUUUUUUGUAUACAAGCAGUUGUUGGUCACGACAAAUGUUGCCACUACUCUAUGCCAGCAGAGUAAGGAAUCUGAGAUAAAAGAUCAAAUAAUGCCAAUCCCAAGGGAUGUUUUCGUAGUACUCUCCCUUAAAAAAAAAAAGCUAGAAAUUUGACAGAAUGCUUUCCAGCAGAAGCAGACAAAACAUUCGAGUCUUUUGCUCUAGGUACACACAGAACAAGACGGCUGUUUUGUUCUGGACAACGGACCACAACGGGGUUCUUCCACAGCUAAGGGAGAGGAGCAGCAGUGGCUGAGUCAGAGGGAGAGAGGACUGCAGAGCAGCUGGGGAAGAUUUUGGUAUAUACCGCACUUGGCCUUUAGUGGCAAUGGUGCUGGCUGAGGAGAAGGAUGAGGGAGGGAAAGGAAAGUGUUCUGACCCCUCCUCCGUCCAGUAACGAAUGCCGAGACAAGCUUAACUGGAAUGU